AUGAACAGAAGCAGAUUGGGGUUAGUGCUUAAUAGCCAGGGUAAGCACAAGGAAGCUGAGGAGAUAAACCGGCAGACGCUCGCACAGUACAAGAAGGUGCUGGGGCCUGAGCACCCAGACACACUGACGAGCAUGAGCAACUUGGCAUUGGUGCUGAAUAGCCAGGGUAAGUACAAGGAGGCGAAGGUAAUGAACCGGCAGACGCUCGCACAGUACAAGAAGGUGCUGGGGCCUGAGCACCCAGACACACUGACGAGCAUGAGCAACCUGGUGGGGGUGCUGAACAGCCAGGGCAAGUAUAAAGAGGCGAAGGUAAUGAACCGGCAGACGCUCGCACAGUACAAGAAGGUGCUGGGGCCUGAGCACCCAGACACACUGACGAGCAUGAGCAACUUGGCAUUGGUGCUGAAUAGCCAGGGUAAGUACAAGGAGGCUGAGGCAAUGAACCGGCACACGUUAGCUCUGCGAGAGACGGUGCUAGGGCCUAAGGACCCAGACACACUAAUGAGCAUGAAUAACUUAGCGGGAGCGCUGAGCAGCCAGGGCAAGUACGAUAAGGCGGAGGCGAUGUACCAACAGACAUUAGCGCUGCGAGAGAAGGUGCUUGGGCCUGAGCAUAUAGAUACACUCACGAGCAUGAGUAAUCUGGCGGGAAUACUGAAAAGCCAGGAAAAGUACGAUAAGGCGGAGGCAAUUCACCGGCAGACGCUGGCUCUGCGAGAGAAAGUGCUCGGGCAUGACCAUCUAGACACACUGACCAGCGUCUAUUGCCUUGCAUAUAUCCUUGCCAAACAGCAUCACGUAGAGGAGCCUUUAUGUCUGUAUCAGCGGGCAUAUGCUGGAUACGACUCGAUCCUUGGAAAAGGCCACCCCGCUGCCUUGGUAUGUCACCAGCACUAUGAUGACCUGCGCUCGUUGCAAAAGCAUUAG